UGCCUGUGAAUAUUUAGCAAAGCAUUUACAAAGUGACCAUGCUCAAGUUUCUAGCUUUUAUCGUACUCAUUGCUGUAGCAGUUGAUGCAUUUCCAUCAGAGAUAUCAAAACCGAUAGAAGCAGAUGCGCUACAAACAUCCGAAAAUAAUAAGAAUAUAGCAAUCAUUCAAAACCGCAAUGAUUUAGAAACAGCGGAAUCGGCUCGCAGGUUUUUUGGAUAUCGUCCAUAUCAUAGGGGAUAUCACUUUUAUCAUGGAUAUCCCUCAUACCACGGGUAUCACGGUUUUUAUGGAUAUCCAUACCAUGGAUACCAUUACUACCACGGGUACCCUGGAUGCUUUCACUGUUUUCAUGGCUAAGAGUAAACUAUUUAUUAAUCUAUUUUGAUAAACUUUAAUUAAACAAA